UGGAGCCUGGAAGUCCAUUAGGUUCAAAUUUCUAUUCAUCUUUGCUAUGUAAAAACUACUGUAAUCUGAUGGUCCUCAACAUCUGUCCCUUGACCUAUCUUUGAUGAAUGAUCUUGCCCAUCCAUCUUCGCCUGCCAUUGACUUUAUGGUUUUGAUCAUCCAAGCAAUAAGAUUUUUUCUCGAGGAAGAACUAGGUGCAUGGAAAGGUUUCCUUAUGCCUAGCCCACUGGAUCAUUUCUUUUCUUUAAUUAGCAAAUUUAAUAAUUGGGGAUUGAUGCAUGGGCCAUGUGCGGCAAGGCUCGUCGUGUCAACUGUUUGUACAACUAGGCCAUGGGCCCCACUUGUAGAAACUUAGAUACCAAACGUUCUUGCUACCUCUAUAUAAAGACCUAUCCUUCAAUCCAAAUUAGAUUCAGAUCUUCUGGGCAUGAAACCAGUGAAUAUGAAGAAGAGCUCCAUUUUUACCCUCUUCCUCUUCUUAAGCCUCCUCCUCAAUUCAUUAUCAGCAAAAUCUGUGGAAGAGCCACUUGCACCGGCUCUUUAUGUAUUCGGGGACUCUCUAACCGAUAGUGGCAACAACAACGGUCUGCCGACGCAAGCUAAAGCUAAUUACACUCCAUAUGGUAUUGAUUUCGUCGGCGGGGUCACAGGAAGAUUCACCAAUGGCAAUACAUUUACAGAUAUCAUCGCUCUGUUGCUUGGGCUACCGUUUGCCCCACCAUACUUGGGCCUUUCAGAGGCUGAGAGAUCAAAAAUCAUAACAGGUCUGAACUACGCAUCUGGCUCCGCAGGCAUUCUUCCAGAGACAGGAAGCAGUUUGGGAAAGAAUAUUCCGCUCGGGAAACAGAUUAAAUACUUCAAAAGGACAGUUGAAAAAGAUCUUCCACAGAAUUUCAAGGAGCCACAAGACCUUUUCAAGCACUUAUGCGAGUCCAUUUUCAUCGUCUCAAUUGGAGGCAAUGACUACCUCAACAACUAUCUACAACCAGAUUACUAUAAUUCUAGCAAACACUUUACUCCUGAAAGAUUUGCUCGAUUUUUGGUGCAUAGAUUAUCUCAUCAUUUGAAGACAUUGUAUAAACUUGGAGCACGGAAAAUCGUUGUAUUUGAUAUUGGCCCAAUUGGGUGUUCGCCGAGCAUAACAAACGCAGUAGAUUUCAACAAAGCUUGCGUGGAAGAAGUAAAUCAACUUGUAUUGGAAUACAAUCGCCUGCUUCCACUUCUAGUGAAGAAACUAAAAUUACUCCCAGGAUCCAAUUUCGUUCAAGGUCUAACUUUCGCAUCUGGCUACGACGCCCACCAAAAUCCUUCCAAAUACGGUUUCAAAUACACGAACAUACCAUGCUGUGUCGUCAGCAACCAUGGGACCACAGCUUGCCUUCCCGAUCAACCACCGUGCCAGGACAGGGACCAAUAUCUCUUUUGGGAUGCAUUCCACCCGACUCAAGCUGCAAAUGCCUUGAUCGCUGUCGGAUGCUUCAACCAGUCCACCAUAUGCACUCCAAUGAAUAUCCAACAGUUGUGCAGGUUUAAGGAAGCUAAUACAGCUUCUAAUAAGAUAUUAGUGGUUUGA